AUGGUGCAGUUAGCCGUUCGGCGUUUACUAAUUGGCAUUGCUGCAUCUAACGCACAGUGUUUGCCAUUGUACAGUCAAAGACCGGAGCUUGAUUUUGAUUUUAUUUUGGACAAGUCAAACUUAGAGGUGUUAAAAAAAAAUAUUCAGGUACGGAAAGGGGUUGGGAAUAUUGAGUUAGUGCAUUCUUUGUGGCAACAAAUUCGGGAAUUUCCGAAGAAAAGUGGCGGGACGGAAGAGGAGUACAAGUGGUUGUGGGACAAGUUAUACCAGGAAGCGUUACUAAUUCCAAAUAUGUGCCACCCAGAUGUCCCUACUGGUCCUGAAGCGGCGGCAAAAGUGGUUCGUGAAUUUGGUGGUGACAGAAGAGAAGGCUCGUCGCUAGUAACUGCGGAGAUCAUAGGCAAUUAUUGGAAGUCUGUUAUCUAUCCACGUGAGGCUUGUGGAAACCGGAGUUAUGCGUUCAUCGGUCCACUAGCCGAAUUAGAGCGAGCUUUAAUUAGAUAUGUAUGGAAUUUCGUGUUGGCUAAGGGUUUUCGACCAGUAAUUGUGUCGGACAUUGUUCCUGCUGCUGUUACAGAGGCUUGCGGUUUGCAGCAGAGGAGUGGAAGUAGUAUCAAGUAUGUCUUGGAGCAAGAUAAGUCAUUGUGCGUCUCCGGAACUUCAGAAAUGGGAAUAAGUAACAUGUUAAGAAGGAAGCUUUUUUACAAAAAAGAUUUGCCCGUAAAGUUUACGGCGCUAAGUCGAUGUUAUCGUCCAGAAGUGUCGCAGUCAGCUCACGAAGCGCGCUUGUAUAGAGUUCAUGAAUUUACUAAGAUUGAAAUGUUUGCCGUUUGCGAACCGAAAGAUAGCGGUAAAGUUCUGCAAGAAAUUGUUGAUAUUCAGUGCUCAAUUUUUGAUUCUUUAGGAUUACAUUGCAGAUUGUUGGACAUGCCAUCAGAAGAACUAGGAGCACCUGCUAACAGGAAGUUUGAUGUGGAAGCUUGGUUACCUGGCAGGAAUCUUUUUGGAGAACUUUCGAGUGCAUCGGAUUGUACUGAUUUCCAGGCUAGACGCCUUGGGAUUAAGUACAAAGGUGAAGAUGGUGAAAAAAGAUUUGUCCAUACUUGUAAUGGGACCGCUGUAGCAGUUUCUCGCGCUAUCAUUGCCCUGCUUGAAACAUAUCAAAAGGCUUGUUUUAUUCUUUUUACCUUCCAGAAACUGUAG